AUGACUUGCACCAGACAUUACUACUUUUCAUCUGCAGCUUCUACAGCUUCAUUACCACAAACUCCAUCUACUAAAAAACUGAAUUAUGCUUGCAUGUCAUCAGUAUCCAAAACUAAUGCCAGUGCAUAUCAACCUCGACUUCCUCGACCUAGUCUUCGUCGUGCAGCAGCACAUAAAGAACCUACUGCAACUGUGCUACAUUCUACAAACAAUCCGAGUCUGCAAAUACCAUCACCUUUGGACACAUUUCUGCAAUCUCUACAGCAAGGCCGGUUCAAGGCAGCCAUCAGCCUCAUGAUCAAGAUCCAGCAAACGAAUCCAGCAUUGUUGGCAAACUUGCCCAUUCAGCACUAUACCCUUCUCAUCACUGGUUACUACUAUAACAAAAGUAAUUUACCUACACCACCGCCAUUGUCUGAGCGUAUUGUGCAAAUAUACUCCAGUCUUGCUUUCAUGCAUUCCAACAACAUUAUCUUGGAAUACGAUACCCUUUUGAUUGCUCUGGAAAUCUAUGGCCAAAUGGGUGAACCAGAUCAAAUUGCAUCAGUUUAUAGCACAUUAGUGAAACGAGGCUACUCGCAAACGGAUCCAUCAUUGCUUCGAGCAAUGUGUCGGGCAUACAUUUUUAGCGACAAUGAACCGGCAGGUCUGGACUAUUUCGCUCAACUUACACUUUUUAAACAAUCUACAUUCGACUACAAUUCUUUAAUAGAUGCGUAUGCUCUCAAGGGAAAUGAGGCAGGCAUGUUUUCGGUCCUGGAUAAGAUGCAAGGAGCUGGUCUUGAAAUGAAUGCAAACACCAUCGCUAUUAUCACACAGUACUUUUCAUCACGCAAGUGCUUGGAUAUGGUUAAAGCAUACAUAUCUCACUUUAAGAACCUUGGUGGAGUUUUGAAUCAGAAAUUGUAUCGAUUUCAAAUGAGUUUGGCGAAUGGAGAGGGCGAGUUUGAUCAAGUUAUGAGGCUUGUGGAUGAGAUGAAGGCAGCUGGAAUUCAAAUCAACGACACGAUUCGUAUAGAAAAACUGAUUGCCUAUGCUGGAAUGGGUGAUGCUCAAUCCAUGUGGAAACUCUAUAAGCAACUGGCACGAUCCACACACAUCUCUAGGCGAGGCAGUUUAGCCAUGGUCAAAAUGCUUGGUCCUGCUACCCAUCUAGCCGUUAUGGACCAAGUUCGUGUCGAUUCUUUGCAUUUUACCCUCUCACCUUAUCGAGUUCUUUCUGAUCUGUUGUCCGGAUACGCCAUCAUUCCAGAUAUCUUGUCGGCACGACGUAUUCUCGUUGAACUGGAACAAAUCGACGGGGUAAUGGAAAAUGCUUAUAUACUUGUUCUGUGGGCAUACUAUAACUCCAAUGAUGUAAAUGGAGCAAUAGAAUAUGCCAUGGAAAUCGGAGCUUCUCAGACGCCUGUAGGCAUAGAAUUUUGGAGCAUCUACCGAUCGUGUCUUUUACUACAGCGACAAUCGGUUGCUCCUCACAAUUGA